AUGAAGCUCUUCUCCUGCCUCAUGACUCUUCUGCUUUUCCUCCUCCAGGCUGUUCCAGGUCUCGGCUUGCCCAGGGACACCUUGCGUUGUUUGGAAUACCACGGCUACUGCUUCCACCUGAAAUCCUGCCCGGAGCCAUUCGCCGCCUUUGGGACCUGCUAUCGGCGCCGCAGGACCUGCUGUGUUGACACGACAUCCAACUUCCACAUCUGCCAAGAUGAGGGGGGCCAUUGUGUGCCCCCAGAAAUCAGAUGUCUGCAAGAGCAGGAGGGAAUCUGCCCUCGCAGAGGAUGGAAGUGCUGCACAGAAGUGUGA